CUAAAACUGGGGGUUAGUUUGCAGGCAGAACACCUGUUAGUAGUUGAAAUAACCCAAAAAAGCAAGCUUAUAUAGCAGGGGCAGCCUUAACUUCGACCCACUGGGAAAAUCCCUAGCUCGCAUGCGCCAAACAAUUGAUUUUUUUAAAAACACAAUUCCAAUGUUUAUGGUGCGCUCUUGGGGAUUCAGUUUAAGGCCCAAAGUUGGAACUGCUGGAAUUUGGAAAACAUCUGCCGUUUAAAUGGAGGAACAGGGCGACGUGAUGGACCAAGGCGCUGGUAAGCUGAACAAUUCAAAAGCCCAGGGCCCCAGAAACCGAUGUGCCAACGGUAACGCAGAUGACCCCAUUGUGAGUAGUCGCCAGGAUUCGUCGAGUAAGCUGAACUUGAUGGAUGCCAGUUCGUUCAGUAUGCCGCCUCCGAAUCUCCACUCCUCCAAGGUGAUCAAUCCGAACAAGGCGAUAUUCACCAUAGACGCCAACACGGGACAGAUAUUCAUAGUGAACAACAAGGCCUGCCAACUGUUGGGCUACACCUCCCAGGAGCUGAGGAACAAGGGCUUCUUCGAUCUGCUCAAUGGCAAGACGGAGAGCCACAUCUCCUCGCUGGCCGAGAUGCAGAUCGAGGGCGACGAGGGCCGGGUGGUCCUGCUGAGUGGCAAGGUGAUCGAGAUGAAGACCAAGACGAGCAACAAGAUCCUCGUGUCGCUCUGGAUCCGACAGAUCAGCAGCGAUGGCAGGCACAUAGCCGUGGCCGAGCCGGUGGAGAGGCACAUAUGCCACCUGAGCACCGAUCGAUUCGGGGUAAUCACCUCCGUGGACUCCACCACUUCGACGAUAUUCUUUUACGAAUCCACCGAAAGUGUGGUGGGCCUCAAUGUCACCGCCCUGAUUCCGUUCAUAAAGCUGCCCGAUCCGGACAGCCGGGAGUUGCCGAAGAGCCUGCGAAAACAGAGGGCCACCGGAAGAACCACGGACAAUGUGAAGUUCCCGCUGUGCCUGCUCCUGGCCCUGGAUGAGGGCUCAGGCCUGAACAUCACCGUGUGGGUCUUUCAGAACCUCAGUGGCCUGCUCGUGGUGGACGAUGUGGGCAACAUACUGAUGUGCAACCAGCCCUUUUCGCUGCUGAUGUUCGGCUAUGGCCAGGACAAGAUCAUGAACAUGCAUAUAUCCUCCAUUCUGCCCAACUUUGGCAAGGACUCGCGGGAGGACAAGAGCCCCAAUGUCUCGAACACCUCGAUAACCAGCAACGACUGGGAGCCGGACACCGAUCCCUUUGUCCUGGACAACGACUCCUCGCUGCAGUCCUGCCGAAAGAGCUCCGCCAAUAAAGUAGCCAUGCCAGUCCAAGCCCACAACGAAGCCUCGGCGAGUGAUGUCCACCUGGAGGGCAGCGGUGGACUGUUCUGCGAUCUCCGCCAGCCAGACGACUGCACCAUAGAUGACAUUUUAACGCCAGUGAAUGCCUCGAAUAGCUUUCCCGCCGACGAGUUCGAGGGAGGAUUGCACGAGAUGCCGCUGGACAAGGGAAAGUCCGCCUCGACGGAGACUUGUGAUGCGUCCGGCAGCAAUCCCGCCACCAGGCUGCUCAGCUCCAUCAACGGCAGCUUCGUGGGCGAGGCCAUCCACGCCGACGGCACCGUCAUCGAGGUGGUCUACUCCGUGCUGAUGCAGAUCCUGCCCUGCUCCAAUCGGGUGUACUGCAUCUGGGUGUGUCGCAACCCCAGCACUCGGCUGGAUGGCGAUAAGUACAACUACGCGAAUCUCACGUCCACAUUCAACAGCAUGGCCAGCACCAUUGAGCAGUCGCUGGGUCAGGUCAUAAAGAGCACGGCGGCCCAGAACUCCAGCAGGCCGAACUCGCUGUCACUGGUCUGCAAGUACGAGGACGAGCUCUAUGUGGGGGACUACAGCAAGCACUACACCUCGAUACGGCAGAUCGGGCGGGGAGCCUACGGGUAUGUGAACAUGGCCUUCCGCAACACCGAUCGACUGCUCGUCAUCACCAAGUUCAUUCUGAAGGAGAAGCUCUGCUCGCAGUUCAUGGUCAAGAGCCGCGACUGCAAGGAAGUUCCUAUCGAGAUCCAUCUGCUGCAGACGCUGAGCCACAAGAACAUUGUCUCCGUGCUGGAUGUUUUCGAAAACGACCUCUUCUACCAGCUGGUCAUGGAGAAGCACGGCUCCGGCAUGGAUCUGUGGACGUUCAUCGAGCGGCGACCGCUGAUGGAUGAAAAGCUGGGCAGCUACAUAUUCCGUCAGGUGGCCGAUGCCGUCAACUAUCUGCACGAGCAGAAAAUCCUGCACCGCGACAUCAAGGACGAGAAUAUCAUAAUUGAUCAUAAUUUCAACAUUAAGUUGAUCGAUUUUGGCUCUGCCACCUUCAUGGAGGAGGGCAAGUUCUUCUCGACAUUUUACGGCACCACGGAGUACUGCAGUCCGGAGGUCCUGGCCGGCAAUAGAUACGUGGGUCCCGAGCUGGAGAUAUGGGCCUUGGGAGUCACCUUGUAUGUGCUGAUGUUCUUCGAGAACCCAUUCAUCGAUGUGGAGGAAACGCUCAAGGCAGAAAUUCAGAUACCCAAAGGGGUGUCCGACCAACUGAGCCGUCUACUGAGUUCCAUGCUGAACAAGGACCCCAAGUACCGCUGCACCAUGCACCAGCUGAUAACCGAUCCGUGGCUCACCCAGGAGGUGAACCCGUCGGUGUUCAGCUUCUCGUGGAUUGUGCCCUGCAAGGCGCACGAGGCCAAUCCGGAUAUAUACUUCUCCGGCUACUUGUACUCCAGCACCUCGGUGCUGUCCACCAUUUCGCCACAGGAGAGCUUCUCGCACAUCGAGGAAUCCUCCAUUGGCGGCAGUGAUGAUGCCAGACUGGCGUCCCACAGGACGGGUCUCAAGUUGUGUGUUAAUGAAGCCAAACACAACAAGAUGGACACGCUCUAUGCAAAACAGUUCCAGUUGAACACUUCAGUUAGUAAUCACGAACUGAGGGCCUCGUUACCUGACUCCAGCCACACCGAAAUCGGGGGCUCCAUAUGCUCUUCGAAAUCGGAAAACGAUAUAUCUAAGAACAAACUGGAACCCUGCGUCUCUGCCUACAAUGUAGUUAGCUUGCACGACGUGAGCACGAAACCUAAAACGCUUGACCUAAAGUAGAGUACUUAAUAUCUGUUGUAAAUGUGUAAAUCUAGCCUAUACAUACUGUCAUGUGUAAAUAGUAGCAUCUGUGAGAGGACAAUUAAGGACUGGGGGG